AUGGCCACUCCCCGCAGCGCUAAGAAGGCUUCCCGCAAGUCGGGCUCGAAGUCCGCCAAGGCCGGUCUGAUCUUCCCGGUCGGCCGCGUCGGCUCGAUCCUGCGCCGCGGCCAGUACGCGCGCCGCAUCGGUGCCGCCGGUGCGGUGUACAUGGCGGCGGUGGUGGAGUACCUGACCGCUGAGCUGCUGGAGCUUUCCGUGAAGGCCGCUGCGCAGAGCGGCAAGAAGCCACGCCGCCUGAGCCCGCGCACCGUGACGAUGGCCGUGCGCCACGACGACGACAUCGGUUCUCUGCUGAAGAACGUGACGGUGUCGCGCGGUGGCGUUGUGCCGAGCAUCAACAAGGCGAUCGCGAAGAAGAAGAGCGGCAAGAAGAGCAAGGCCACGCCGAGCGCCUAA